CCUUAACGUAGGAGAAUGCAGACAGAAACCAGGAGAGGAAGAAAUCAGGAACCCUGAGGACAGGGGACCCGUAGCAGGGGCCAGCGGGCGCUGGGACCCCAGUGGUCUUGCUGCCAGCAGGGCAGCAUCGCAGGUGGACAGGCCGCUCUCCUGCCUGCAUCCCCCUCUCCCGCCCCGUAGCUCAGCUGCAAAAACCCGAAGGGACACCGCGGGGCUCUCAAUAAAUAUUUGUCCAAUGCGUGAGUGAGUAAAGGCAAGGGAGGGGGCGUGUUUUGAAAGUCCAUCCUAGCCCUCCCUGCCGACCACACCUCGGUAGUCACUCCCAGAUAAAACUCUCCCCUCCCGGUGACAGUCACCAGCGACUGUCACUGGUGGAGGAGUAGGCGCCGCCUGGUUCCCUGGCCUGCUCUGCCGUCGGGGCUGCUGCGGAGCCAUGCCCCGGUACACGGUACACGUGCGCGGAGAGUGGCUGGCCGUGCCCUGCCGGGACGCGCAGCUUACCGUGGGCUGGCUGGGCCGCGAGGCCGUGCGCCGCUACAUCAAGAACAAGCCGGACAAUGGUGGCUUCGCCUCGGCGGACGACGUGCGCUUCCUCGUGCGCCGCUGCAAGGGCCUGGGCCUGCUGGACAACGAGGACCCGCUCGAGGUGGCCCUGGAGGACAAUGAGUUCGUGGAAGUGGUUAUAGAAGGGGAUGCCAUGUCUCCCGACUUCAUUCCAUCACAGCCGGAAGGAGUUUAUCUAUACAGCAAAUACCGGGAGCCUGAAAAGUACAUCGCCUUAGAUGGAGACAGUCUGACCACAGAGGAUCUGGUCAACUUGGGAAACGGACACUACAAGAUAAAGCUCACCCCAACUGCGGAAAAGAAGGUGCAAAAAUCCAGGGAAGUCAUAGAUAGCAUCGUGAGAGAAAACACUGUGGUUUACGGCAUUACGACAGGUUUUGGGAAGUUUGCCAGAACUGUAAUUCCUAUCAACAAGCUAGAGGAGCUCCAGGUCAACCUAGUACGUUCACAUUCCUCAGGUGUUGGGAAGCCACUAAUCCCUGAGAGAUGUCGGAUGCUCUUGGCUUUAAGGAUUAAUGUCUUAGCCAAAGGAUACAGUGGCAUUUCCCUGGAGACCCUCAAACAAGUUAUUGAAGUAUUUAAUGCCUCCUGCCUGCCCUAUGUUCCGGAGAAAGGAACCGUUGGUGCCAGCGGAGACCUUGCUCCGCUCUCUCAUCUUGCUCUUGGGCUGAUUGGAGAAGGGAAGAUGUGGUCUCCAAAGAGUGGCUGGGCUGAUGCUAAAUAUGUCCUGGAAGCCCACGGAUUGAAACCAGUUGUUUUGAAACCAAAAGAGGGUCUGGCGCUCAUCAAUGGGACACAGAUGAUCACCUCCCUGGGCUGUGAAGCUGUCGAGAGAGCCAGUGCUAUUGCGAGGCAGGCUGACAUAGUGGCGGCCUUGACUCUUGAGGUGUUGAAGGGCACCACCAAAGCCUUUGACACUGACAUCCAUGCUGUUCGCCCUCAUCCUGGGCAAAUUGAAGUUGCUUUCCGGUUUCGGUCACUCUUGGACUCCGAUCACCACCCAUCUGAAAUAGCAGAGAGCCACAGGUUCUGUGAUCGGGUUCAGGAUGCAUAUACCUUGCGCUGUUGUCCACAGAUCCACGGUGUGGUGAAUGACACAAUUGCGUUUGUGAAGAACAUCAUUACCACAGAAAUUAACAGUGCCACAGACAAUCCUAUGGUAUUUGCCAAUAGGGGAGAGACUAUUUCCGGAGGAAACUUCCAUGGCGAAUAUCCAGCCAAAGCCCUGGACUAUCUGGCCAUUGGAGUCCAUGAACUUGCUGCGAUUAGCGAAAGAAGAAUCGAGAGGCUCUGUAACCCCUCCCUCAGCGAGCUGCCUGCCUUCCUGGUGGCUGAAGGUGGCCUGAACUCUGGAUUCAUGAUCGCCCACUGCACAGCUGCAGCCCUCGUUUCUGAGAACAAGGCUCUGUGCCACCCCUCGUCUGUGGACUCUCUCUCCACCAGCGCUGCCACAGAGGACCACGUCUCCAUGGGAGGAUGGGCGGCGAGGAAGGCCCUCAGGGUCAUCGAGCACGUGGAGCAAGUGCUGGCCAUCGAGCUUCUUGCAGCCUGCCAGGGCAUAGAGUUUCUACGUCCCCUGAAAACAACCACUCCACUGGAGAAGGUCUAUGACCUGGUGCGCUCUGUUGUGAGGCCCUGGAUAAAAGAUCGCUUCAUGGCCCCAGACAUCGAGGCAGUGCACAGGCUGCUCACAGAGCAGAAGGUUUGGGAAGUAGCUGUACCAUACAUUGAAAAAUACAGGAUGGAGCAUCUUCCAGAAUCAAGACCGGUUUCUCCAACGGCCUUUUCACUAGAAUCUCUACACAAGAACUCCAUCAAAAUCCCAGAGUCUGAGGAUCUUUAAUGGGCUUUGUCGUGGAUUAGCAGGUCACAUGGUACUCAGCUUCACAGAAAGCAGGAUUAUGCUAAAGGGGAGACCUGAGAACUUCCCUAGGUAGCUCAAUCCAUUGUAUAAUUCAGUUCUUCUAAAACCUACUUCGGGUAGGCGGGUGACAGUAAAUCUAGCACUGUGCUCUUGUCGACCUGGUUGGAGAUGCAUCAGGUGUUUUCAGACUGUAAGAGAUUUUUUUUCUUUCUUAAAGAUCAACAGACCACUCCCUCUUAGGGGUGAGAAGAGUAACCACAAUCGCAUGAGUCUGUCUUUUACUCUUAGCAUUAGAUUAACUCAAAUCUGGAAACCGAUUGAUAGCACUCUUUUCUGAAAACAAGAGUUUUGUGAUUUGGGGUUUUUUUUGCUUUGAGAAGCUCUCCACUAGGUAACUUCUGCUGACCUUGCUAUGCCAUCAUAUGACAAAUUUUCCUUAAUAUACCUUCAUAAAUAACCCUGUUUCAAUCAUAAUUUGUCCUUAAACUGCUCUUUCUUCUAUAAAUUGAAUCAUAGUAAAGAACAGUCAACAGGUCCUCGAGAGGUUGCGUGUAAAGGAGUUAAGGAAUGAAUAUGAGAUUGCUAUUGGAGUGGCCCUUAUUGAAAUGUGUAUUUCACAUUUUUCAGAUAUCACUAUACCUAUCAAAGAAAAGGGCUCAGAUGCUUACGCUGGAGCUGGAUGUUAGUACUAUCUCCUCCUUACUAGGUGUUAGCACUCUGUGCACAUUCUUAUAAUACCCUGUGUGGAGAAGCUUCACAGACAAGGCAUCUGAUGUUCAGAAGUUAACCAGUCCCCUCUCUGUAACGGUAAUCAUUAAAAUGAGGCCCUAUUGACAAAGGUCAGAUGGGGCCCUAGGAUGUGUUACCCAAUCUGUUCUUCCCCAAAAAGAAGAUAAAGGACCUUCUGGGAAGGCUUAAGUGUAAUUGUCCGGAUGAAGGAUGGGUCAGAUGACCUCUUGGCCUCCCAAGGCUAAGAUCUGUGACUUUGUACCCAUCUGUGCAAACGUGUGCAAGGCACUCCAGGUGCAGGAGCCUGAAACCAUGGUUCUAAAAUCUGCACUUGGUCAAGGAAAGGACAGACACUCUUGCCAGCUUGCCUACCUGAUUACAGCCUAAAAUGGGUUCAACGGCAUAUUUCACAAUAGAGUUUUCACUCUUUAGAUUGUAACCUGUUCACAGGAAAGGUGGAGACAGAAGUGACCCCUGUAGCGCCCAGCAGUGCAGGGAACAACAGCAACAAAAAAGGUGCUGGGGAAUCUGUUUCCUGGGAGGGUGUUCUCAAAGCUGUUCUUUGGUAAAAUGUAAACACACACAUUUACACACACGUUUAUUCCUUCUUAUCCACAAGUAAACCCAGCGAUGUGGUGGCUGCUCUUCACUCCUGGUUGGGGGUCCUGGAUUCCCACAGGCCCCUGUGGUCCUCUGGGUCAUUGAGUUUUCUGUGCAGCUCUCACAUGUACAACUGACACUGCAUGCCUUUGAGAGAAUGUCAAGGUAAAUACGGUAUAAGCUAAGUCUCAACUGUCUUAUGUUGUCACUGUAUUCUUCGAUUUUUAUAACACACUUUAACACCUCUUUAGGGAAAGGCUAUGCUAACUGCAGCUUAUCAAGUUUCUGAAGGAUUUAGUCAAUGAAUGUUAACUCAUUAAAAAGGACUUUUAGAAAUGUGA